UAUACAAACACUGUGGACUAGACGAAGGAAGACUGACGGAAGGCUCCUUGGUUGGGUGGACAAUAAAAUAAGCAGGCGAAUAUUCAAAGUCUUCGCAAACGCUGCGUUGCCUUGGUCACCUCUUUUACUAUUACAAUUUCCUCUUCCCCUCACAAUGCAGUUGCAGUUUCAGUUGCAGAAUUCUCCAACUGUUCACACUUUCACUUUCUCCUCCUCUCUGCUGCCAUGGAAUUCGCUCUGGAAUUCAUACUAAGUAGGCGUCUGCUUCUCUCUCCGUCUCAGGUUUAGAUACUUAGGCAUGGCUGCUUUUGAAAAAGACGAUAUACCAAUGCUAUCAAAUACCGAUCCACCGAUGUUUGAUGAACAAGCGGAUUCUUAUUUUCCUUCAUAUGCAUCCUUGGGCCGGAGUUCGUCACUAUCAAUUCCAGCAACUUCUUCUGGGAUGUAUGGAAGUGAAGCAAAUCUUGUUGCUCAUACUGGUCCCCUACAAAUCGGAAGAAGUUCAUUCAUGGUGAGUGGUUCAAAAUAUACUGGCGGCAAGCCUGAAAAACUUUCACAGUCAAAGCCAGGAGUGACUGAAAGCAAAACGGCAGAGCCGUUGGCAGAAAAAUUUCCUUCCUUCAAGACGACAGAUGAGUCUGAUUGGUCCAUUCAUAACUAUGCUGGUAGAAACGAACACUUAAUAAGGUCUGGCCAGCUGGGAUUGUGCAAUGAUCCUUUCUGUAUAACUUGUCCAACAUAUAAUUUCAAAGCAUCACAACAGAAAAGCUCAAGAAUGUCAGGCAUAUUUGACGCCAAGUUUCAUAAUGAUCUCUACGGAGGAGGGAAAGGUUGGGCGGGGAAGUUUCAGUCCUUCUGGUGCUUCUUGCUUCCAUAUAUUCCUGGAGUUAUGAAUCCUCAUGCAAAAGUUAUACAGCAAUGGAACAAGUUUUUUGUCAUUGCUUGCUUAGUGGCAAUCUUCUUGGACCCAUUAUUUUUCUUCUUGCUGUCUGUUCAAGAGAAGAAUAAGUGCAUCGUUAUUGACUGGCCUUUGACCACAACAUUGGUGGUUUUUCGGAGCAUGACUGAUUUUAUCUAUUUCCUACACAUGCUUCUCCAGAGUCAGGGGGAGCAUAAGGAAUUAGAUGAUGAUUUCCUUGUCUACACAGUUAUUUCUCCAUUCGAUUCUCUUCCUGAUUCAUCUCUACCUGUGGCUACCUCUACUCUUCCACCCACGUUAAGGUCUAUACUCGACGACAACCUCCUUCAGUUCCAUGCCUUGUACCAGAGUCUUCUUCGUCAUUGGAUCCAGACACGAGUGAUGAUCUUCCUAUUGCUUUUCGUAAAGUUUAGGUUGGCCUACGUGGCACCAGAAACCAGAGUUGUUGGUGCUGGCGAAUUGGUUGAUCAUCCAAAGAAAAUUGCUAUGAAUUACCUUAAAGGAAAUUUUUUUAUAGAUUUGCUUGUUGUUUUGCCGCUGCCUCAGAUUAUAAUUUUUCUUGUCCUGCCAAAGUCUUUGGGGUCAUCUGGAGCAAAUUAUGCCAAAAAUCUAUUACGCACUGCAGUUACUGUUCAAUAUAUUCCCAGACUGUAUAGGUUUCUACCUCUUCUUGCUGGCCAGUCUCCAAGUGGCUUUGUUUUUGAGACAGCAUGGGCAAAUUUUGUCAUCAAUCUUCUGACCUUUAUGUUGGCUGGUCAUAUCGUUGGCUCUUUCUGGUAUCUCCUUGGGCUUCAGGGGGUGAAUCGAUGUUUCCGAAAGGUCUGCGUUGACACUAAAAAUCUGAGCUGCUUGGAAUAUAUAGAUUGUGGGCAUGGGGAUGAAGCUGGGAGUCUGAUUCCAAAUUCACAGAGGGAUUCAUGGAUAAAUAAUGAGAAUGCUUCAGCAUGUUUUGCCAAAGAAGGUUUUGAUUAUGGAAUCUACCUUCAGGCUGUAAAUCUUACUACAGAAAAUAGUAUAAUCACGAGAUAUACUUACUCAUUAUUUUGGGGAUUCCAGCAAAUCAGUACUCUGGCUGGGAACCAAGUCCCAAGCUAUUAUGUCUAUGAAGUCCUUUUCACUAUGGCUAUUAUUGGGCUUGGCCUAUUGCUGUUUGCUCUUCUCAUCGGGAACAUGCAGAACUUUCUCCAGGCUCUUGGAAGAAGGAGGUUAGAAAUGUCACUAAGACGUCGUGAUGUUGAGCAGUGGAUGGAGCAUCGUCGCUUACCACAUAAUUUAAGAAGGCAAGUACGACAGGCUGAAAGAUACAACUGGGCUUCUACAAGGGGCGUUAAUGAAGAGAGGAUUUUCGAAAAUUUGCCUGAGGACCUACAAAGAAACAUAAGACGACAUCUCUUUAGAUUUGUCAACAAGGUUCGCAUUUUUGCACUGAUGGACUAUGAGCCUAUUUUAGAUGCAAUACGUGAGAGAUUGCGACAAAAGACAUACAUAGAAGGAAGUGAGGUUUUUUCUGCAGGAGAUAUCAUUGAGAAGAUGGUUUUCAUCGUACGGGGGAAAAUGGAGAGCCGUGUAGAUGGAAAUGGGAUUGUGGUUCCCUUAUCUGAAGGAGAUGUCUGCGGUGAGGAACUUCUAACAUGGUGUCUUGAGCAUUCCUCCAUAAACAAAGAUAUGAAGCGGCAUCAAGUUCCAGCACCAAGAUUGGUCAGCAACCGGACAGUAAAAUGCUUAAGUAAUGUUGAAGCGUUUUCUCUCCGGGCUGCAGACCUCGAAGAAGUGACUAGUAUGUUUUCCAGAUUCUUGCGAAAUCCACGUGUUCAAGGAGCCAUAAGGUACGAAUCACCCUACUGGAGGUACCUAGCGGCAAUGCGUAUUCAAGUAGCUUGGAGAUACAGAAAAAGGCGUCUAUCUCGAGUUCAAACCUCUCAAUCUAACUAAUUCCUCGACAAGGGAGACUCUUUUUGGGGGAAGAUAAGUAUUGUCUUAUACAUCGGUCAACUUGAGUUCCAAUUGACCUUUUCAAUGUGGUAAUUUUAUUAGUCAUUUUUUUUUUUAUCUAUUAAUCCUAUAACAUUUUUAAGCAACUACAUAUGGUAAAGUUAAUAGGAGCUCCUACACACCGGUGCUAAAGCAAGUAUUGUUCUUUAAAGAAUAUGUAAUUAUAAAUGUGCAGAAGUUCAGUACCAGUACUAUUUCUUGUCUAAUUCCAAAAGUAUAUUUUUCUUUUA